AUGGAAAAUACUUAUCGCAUUUCAAAAAUGCUAAUAAUAAUUGGUAUAGCCAAUGUAUUAAAUGCUUUUAUUGCUGGCUGUAUUCAAGCAGAAAAGUCGUAUCAUUCUGAAAAUUACGUCAAUACUCACUGGAUUACAAUAAUAACGUUAUUCGCAGGAAUUGCUUCUAGUAUUUGUCCAUCUUUUGCUUUUCUUUCCACUUCAUUUAUUUUGGCUACUAUUGUGAAUAUAUUUGCACUGGCGAUUUGUUCAGCAGCUGUAAUCGCUGAUACUCUCAAUUUAAUUACUAUCUUUGAAGAUUUUAGUACAUUAACGAAUAAUGCUUUUUUAACUAAAAUACAGGUUUAUGGCAUGCUUAGCUAUAGCUUGAUAGAUUUAAUUUUAAGCGUGAUAUCAGUAGCAUUUUUAAUUCAAAUUAUGCUCGUAUGUCAUCGUAAUUUUUUGGAUGCCCAAAUAGAACGACGUUCAGUACUAAUAUCUGUAAUCGGUUGCGCACUUAUCGCAACAUCAACAUGUAAACUAUUUGCAUGGAUUUUUGAACUGUAUUUUUUACGCACUGUUGGUAAUAUUAUACGCUAUACUUUUAUACAUUAUACCAUUGAUGAGCCUUUAUGGAUUGCGCUUAAUACUGCCAUCGGUAUUUUUUGCAUACUACGAGUUCCAGCAAUUUCCCUAACAAGAAUAAUAACUUUAUGCUUUUCUUCACUCAGCAUUUACCCAACUAUUACUUACUUAUGGAUUGAUUACCGAUGGUUUACAAGUGCUGUGAUUGCCAAAGUUGCUUUUGUAAAAUGGACACCUGAUUGGUUAUCACUAAUCAAUUUAUGCGCUGGCAUUAUUCAAAUCUUGCUGCUAUCAGUUUUAACUUUAACAACAAUCAGUUCAUUCAGAAAGCCCUUACAAAUGAAUUUCUCGCCCCAAUUUAAGAGAUUCCUUUUCAUUUCAGGUAUAACAGCUGGUAUUACUACAAUAACAAUCUUUGCAUUUGAUAUAUUAUCAAUCCGUUUGGAAGCAUUUUACAAAAUAUUUCAUGGGAAUCAGCAAAAGACGCCUUUCUUAACUGCAUUUUCUGCAGUAUUAUUAUUUCUUGCAUCUACGAAAGAAAUCAACUUUUUAGUUUUUCCUUCACUAUUAUGUACAUUACUGUUCUGCAUUCAGUCAACGACAUUCCUUCUAAUAUCGUAUCUCUACUUAUCAUGGAAUGGGUAUUACGCUAAUGAAAUAUGCGAAAUAUUUUAUCGUAGCUCAGCUUGGUGCACCAAUUACUUAACUGUAUCAGGCGCUAUAUCACAUUUCCUUGAAGCACUUUUAUAUUUGUUUGUUUUUAUCGCAUGCUGUACUAUGGUUAAUAUUAUCUUGAAAAUUAUGCAAAUAAGCCCAUGCCAUGCUACCUCCAAUCAUAGUAGCAAAAGUCCCACAACUGUUAAACUAGAGAAGUCGAUAGAGAUAAUUGGCUUAAUGCUACUCAUUGGUGGAGCAGUUGUAUUUGCAACAACUUUGUACGAACUUACAUGGAAUUCAUCAAGACAUCCGUCAAUUGUUUUACUCACAUCACUUUACCAUAUAUCACUUACAGUUACUCUUCUGAUUUUUCCUCUUUAUCAGAUCAUGAUCAGUCAUAGCCUACAUGCUAACUCAUUACAUUGCAUCACUUUACUGAUGGUCAGUGCGAUCCGCUUCGCAGAUAUCUUAACACAGCUUGACUACCGAAAUACAGGUGAAGUGACCACUUUAUCCUGGAGAAUACACAAUGCAAUUGAAGUCUUCACAUUAGGCGCUUAUUUUGCAACUAUUGUUUUCUGUCUCAGGAUUCAUGAUCAAUCUAAUGACAAUGCAAUACCAUAUAUGCCACCCCAGCCAUUUAUUGAAUUCCGUAAUCCAUUAAGUACAGAACAACAAGACUCCGACCAGCAUUACCCACAUACAUUUUAG